AUGGUUUACUAUGAAUCUCUCUUCCGGGAGAUGCUGAAGGGCCAGCAGCUCCGCCGUCCGGCCAUGAAGAAGGCCGAGCCGGCGUUCUUCCAACGGCUUGAGCAGGCCAUGGAUUCCCAUAGAGAAAAGAUCCGCCUCAACGUGCUCAAGCCGCGCUGGGACGACGACGUACUCGAUCUCACGACCAGCGACUUCCUCUCCCUCAGCCGCACUGGCCGCAUCCGCGAGGCCUUCCUGGCCGAGCUCGCCCGCUGUGGCGAUUUCCGGCUGAGUGCCUCAGGAUCUCGUGUGCAGUACGGCAAUUACGAGUACAUUGUCGAGGUCGAGCGCGAAAUAGCAGCCUUCCAUGGCGCCGAUACCGCCUGGAUCUGCCACUCAGGCUUCUACGCCAACAUUGGCAUUCUCGAGGCUAUCGCACUACCCGGAGACGCCAUUGUCUUUGACGAAUUCUCCCAUGCUAGCACCGGCGUCGGUAUGAAGGUUAGCCUCGCAGCGCACAAACUCCCCUUUACCCAUAAUAGCCCGGACUCCUUGAGAGAUGUCUUGACGUCGCUCAAGAAGCUUGAUUCUGGCUUCACCUCAGGCGAAAAGUCGAUCCUCAUAUGUGUUGAGAGCUUAUACAGCAUGGAGGGCGAUCUUUGCCCACUUAAAGAGCUGGUGGCUGUCGCCAAGGAAGUAUUUCCUAAUGGAAGCGCCCAGUUCAUCGUCGACGAAGCUCACAGUAACGGCGUUAUUGGCCCCAAUGGAGCGGGACUGGUACAAUUGCUGGGGUUAGAAAAGGAGAUUGCUAUUCGCGUGCACAUGUGCAGUAAAGCGCUAGGAUCAACCGGAGGUGUCAUCCUUUGCAACCAAACCGUACGAAGCGCUCUCGCUCAAUAUUCACGAUGCUUGACCUAUAGCGGUGCGCCUUCGGUCCCCAUGGUGGCUUCCAUCCGCGCAGGCUAUCAGCUGCUAGCAAGCGGCCAAACGCAAAAGGAGCAAAACCACAUCCAAGAAAUGGUAAGGUACUUCUUCGACUCGCUUCUUGAUGACCCCAUCUGGCAGGAAGCCGUGGACGAGGGCCUCAUCUCUGUACCCCUGGCUGAGGAUCACGAGGCGCGGUCUGUGGUCUCACAUGUCGUCCCCAUCAAGGUCAAGCCGGGCCAUGACUUCUCCCUCUUUGUCCACCUGGCCAUGGCAAAUAUGAACGCAUACCCCAUGGCCUAUCCUGUCGUGCCUAAGGGUACGGCUCUAGUGAGGAUGCUCUUCCAUGCGCACAACACCAAGGAAGAGGUAGACAGGAUCAUCGCUGCCGUCGGCGAAUGGGUGGAGGAGAUGCUUGCAAUUGAACGGGGCGAAUCUAAGAAUGUGCUACCAAGUGCCAUGAGGAAGUUCCACGCGCUCCAGACGGCUAAUGGAUGGAGCUGA